ACCACGUCUAGAAUCUUUUUUUGUAAGAAGUGAAAUAAUUACAGUUUGCCUGUGGUGGUAGUUGAUAGUAAUAACUGAAAAUGGAUAGUUCAAUGCACUAAACAAAACAAAACGUAUUAUUUGAUUAGGGUUCCGCCUUCUUAGUAUCGCUGUAAUUGAAAGAAAGUGUAAUGGCUAACGAAAUAUGCAUGUGUAGAUCUAUUUGUGUAUUCAGUGAAAUUGCAGCAACAGUCUGAACUCUGAAACAAGUUCCGUCAGUGCUUCCCAUAAAUUAUGAUAGUUUUAUGUGCUUUUCUAUUUACCCUAUUUUUUAUUGAAUCGUCACUUUGUACAAAUCCGAACAAUGUAUGUCCGACAUUCAGGGAUUAUUUGAAUAUUAGAAAUAAUUCGAAUUGCUGGUAUGAUUUCGCGGCGGAGAUGAAGGUGCCAGAUAUUAUAAAAAAGAGUGGCUAUCCUUUCGUUGAAUACAAAGUGAAGACGAAAGAUGGAUAUAUCCUAACUGUAUUUAGAAUACCAGGAGUUGCCUCAAAGAAGCCACCAAUUUUUAUGCUACACGGUGUGCAAAGUACCUCAGGGAUAUUCGUCGGUCUUGGAAAACAUUCUAUGGCCUUUCUCUUGCACGACGCCGGUUACGAUAUAUGGUUGGGCAAUUACCGUGGUACUGAAUAUUCCGAAGGACACGAGUCCCUCAAUGUCACGCAGAAAGAGUACUGGAAUUACAGUGUGGAUGAAAUCGCUUUAAAUGACGUCCCGGCGAUGCUGCAGCUUGUAAGAUACCACACUCUAGACAAAGGCAAAAUAAUAUAUAUAGGACAUUCCCUAGGAACUACUGCAGCGUUGAUGUACGCGUCAGAAUAUCCCGAUGCAGCCGCAAAUAACGUGGGACUUUUUAUAUUACUCACUCCGGCAUAUAAGUUGUCGAAUAUGAGAAGCCCGUACAGAUUUUUAUUUCCUUUGUUAUAUCCAGUUUUGGAUAUAACAAAUGCAUUAAACAUUAUUCCAUUUAUAUCCAGAGGGAAUGCGAGAAAUGUAACACGUCCUCUCUGUCUGUCGUCGCCACCCAUGAUGAUAGCAUGUCUAAAUAUAUUGAAUUUAUUUUUGGGACCAUUCACGCAAAUUUCUCCGGAGACCAUACCGGUGUAUUUCAACCAAAUUCCAGGAGGAACUUCUCUUAAAACCAUUAGCUAUUUAGCAGAAGCAACAAGAGGACAAUUUAGGAAAUAUAACUACGGAGUAGGAAAGAAUAGGUUCCUCUAUGGAAGCGAUACGCCGCCAGAAUAUGAUAUUAAGCGAAUUAAAGUCCCUAUUUAUAUUAUGUAUGCUGCUCGUGACUGGACUAUUACCAAAGAAGACUCUCUAAAUCUAUACAGAGAAUUACCAAAAGAAGUACGCUAUGGAAUUUACGAAAUCUCAAACUUGAAUUUCAACCACUACGAUUUUCUGUUUGGCAGAGAUUCUAAGAAGUUAGUUACAGAUAAGCUGUUAGAAGUUCUGAAAAAAGCAACAGGAGAAGAAUGA